CUGAGAUAGGCUACAGGCCAGCGGAGGCUGGUUAGAGGCAGGUGACGCUUGGCGGAAGGAUACCUUCUUCCGGAUCUUGUUUCGCUUGGGGCGAAUCUAUAUAAAGACGUCGGGGGUGCGCUGCCACCUCAUUGUGUGUCUGUAUCGGAGGAGAGAGGUUGAGAUAGUGUCAGUUCGCGCAGCAACUUCCCGCGCAGCGCGGACCGGAGCAGUCUCCCCUCCCCUGGCCGCCAUGGCUCUUUAAGGGCGGCAGGGCCAGCGGCGGCAUCGGCCAGUGCAGCAGGCGCAGCAGCAGCGGCGGCGGCCUCAGCACACCCCCGGCAUCUGCAACCAUGGCGUUUUUCAAGGCACCGCACAGCAGCAUUGCUGUAGUCGACAAAAAGACCCUGUACUUGUCUUCAUCCUUGGACAUCAAAGCAUUAAAAACUGACGAAGAUGAGCCUCUUGAACAACGAGAUGCUGUUGGGGGAUUCAUUAUCCCCCUUCAGCCAGCCGUGUUCGGUGGCUGAGGAAAGUCUCGGACUCCUAGAUGACUACCUGGAGGUGGCCGAGCCCCUCAGUUCGCAUGGGUUCUCCAGCGACAAGGCUAAGGCAGUCUCCUCCAAUUGGCUUGCUGUGGACAGUUUAGGCAACACCAUAGAUAGCAGCCAGGAGGAUGCCUUCUCUGGCAUGGAGUGGAUGGUGGAGAAGAUGGAUCUGAAGGAAUUUGAUUUUGAUGCCCUAUUAGGUAUGGAACAUCUGGAAGCCACCGUCUCACCAGACGAGCUGAUGGCCACGUUGGAAGACACGUGUGAUCUCAUAUUUAACUCUACCAUCCAGGAAUUUCACAACAAAGAGCCUCCACUGAUAACUGACCUAAUCACCCAUCUCCCUGAAUCUCCCGUUGGAGUAGAUCCAAUGGCUCCAUUGGCUUCCCUCUGGUCUUUUCCCCUCUCCCCUGGGUCUCUCACUUCCACUCCAGACCAUUCAUUUAGUUUAGAACUAGGUAGUGAAGUGGAUGUUCUGGAAGGAGAAAGAAAACAGGAGGGCCCCGCCUUUGUGGUAGUGAUAACCAAGUCUGAAAAAGAGGAGGAGAACCAUUCAGAUGAUAGUGGAAUAUGCAUGAGCCCAGACUCCUACCUGGGAACCCCCCAGCAUAGCCCUACCAACUCAGUUGGAUCCCCAAACCACAACCAGUUUCCUGCAGAUGCCAGCUGUGGCUCUGUGCGGUCCAAACCAUAUGAUCAACCUGCAGAGAAGGCAGUGUCAGCAAAGAUCAAAGGAGAAAAGAAAAUAGAUAAGAAACUGAAAAAGAUGGAGCAGAAUAAGACAGCUGCCACACGUUACAGACAGAAGAAGAGGGCGGAACAGGAGGCACUGUCUGGGGAGUGCAGAGAGUUGGAGCAGAAAAAUCAGGCUCUGAAGGAGAAAGCUGAUUCCCUUAGUAAGGAAAUUCAGUACUUAAAAGAUCUGAUUGAGGAGGUCCGCAAGGCCAAGGGCAAAAGAGCUAGAGUCCCCGAGUAGGGUAGUCGGCAGUUUUUAUGUGCAUGUAUAUAAGUUUGCUGCUAAAGCUGUGUAUUGCUGUCUUAAUAAAUUAUUUUAUAGUAAACUUGCAA